UGCCUGUUGGGACAGGCUGCUAAGUUGUAAGAAGCGCGGAAACUCCGCUCGGAGCCGUCUGGCGCGUUCGGGGAGACGAGAAGGCGGCGGCGCUGGCUUCGAAAGUUUGCGGAAGGGCGCUUCUGCCUAGCAACGCUUCAUGCCCGAGAAAAUGAGUCGGGCUGGCUAGAAGACUCUGACCCGGGCGGGGUGUCCCGGCCAAGCGGGAAGGUUCAGCCAUGCAGGAAAGCACCCGUUUUGCUUCGUCAGGAGAUGAUGAUGUUAAAAUAUGGGAUUCUUCAUCUAUAACUGUGGUGGACCAAUUCAGUCCCCACACUUCCUCGCAUCCAGUUAGCUCUGUAUGCUGGGGUAGCAACAAUAAUUUUCUGGUCACUGCAUCUGCUCUUGGUGAUAAAAUAGUUAUUUCAAACUGGAAAGGUAAACCAGUUCCGCUCUUUGAACUAGCUGAAGGGGCAAAGCAAACAUGUAUAAGUUUGAGUUCAAAUUCAAUGUAUAUUGCAAGUGGAGGCACUGAUAGUACUGUUAAUAUCUGGGAUUUAAAACAUAGAAAACUUCACCGAACUCUUAAGGAUCACAAAGAUGAAAUAACUUGUGUGUCAUUUAAUUGGAAUGAUUGUUACGUGGCUUCAGGUUCCAUGAGUGGUGAAAUUAUCCUGCAUAGUCUUGCCACGAAUUUAUCCAGCACUCCAUUUGGCCAUGGCAGCACUCAGCCCAUUCGACACUUGAAAUAUUCUCCCUUUAGGAAAGCAUUACUGGGGAGUGUCUCUGACAGUGGAACUGUAACUCUGUGGGAUGUAAACAGUCAAACCACAUAUCAUAACUUUGAAAAUGCUCAUAAAGCUCCAGCCUAUGAAAUCUGUUUUUCUCCCAUCAGUGAGCUGCUACUUGUAACUGUAGGUCUGGAUAAAAGAAUCAUAUUGUAUGAUACCUCAAGUAAAAGGCAGUUAAGGACUUUAGUAGCAGAAUCUCCUCUCACUGCAGUAGAGUUCAUGCCUGAAGGAACUUCCCUGGCGAUUGGAUCUUCUCGUGGAAAGAUAUACCAUUAUGACCUAAGAAAACUGACAGCACCUGUGAAAUCAGUCAGUGCUCACAAAACCUCUGUGAAAUGCAUAACGCUGCAGUGCUAUAAUAGCUUUUCACGGUCUGGUCUUAAAACAUCCUCAAAUAAGCAGGCCUGCAAAAGAUCUGAUAUCAAAACAACAAGUAACACUGGAGGAAUUCAGAAUGCUGGCAUGAUCAAAAACCUUACUUCUAACAUAUCUGCUACAUUUGUGCCCCAGUCUAUGCCAACAGCUGAAAUUAAAGGGGCUGAGGCCAUUCAGGAUAAAUCAGGAUUCCCACGUAGCAGCAGCUUGGAUGUAAUUCCUUCCAAAGAAAUUGAUCAUGGAAACACUUCUAAUCUAACUCAUUUUGAUGAUUUGGGGAGAAAUAGUUUAGGUGACUUGUUCUCUCCACUUCGAGAUGAUGUUGCAGCUUGUAAAACAAGUGAAGAUGUUCCAGGAAAGGGUGAUGGUUUGGAUUUUCAGCCUUACCUUUCAAGCUUGGAUUUUCUCUCCCAGUUCAAUUCUGCAUUACCUAUGAGAAAAAAUGCAGCAGGAUCUAGCUCACAAGUUGUGCACUCUAGUCCACUGAAUAUAUUUGUUGGCUCUCCUAUUAAGGAGGAGGAUGAGAAUUCAGAUGUUGAUGCUAAGAAAACUAAUUAUGGAAGACAAGAGUCAAGAGAACAUCUCAAACAGUUGAGCUCCUCAAGCUCUGAUUCUACAAAUCUAAGCUCUCCACCAUUGGUCAACGUAGUCAAGAGUCCUGAUUCUCGAGAGAGGUUUAUUAAGAACAUCCAGGCACAACUGACAUAUGAAUCGCCAAUGAAUGGUACUACCUCAGCUAGCCCAAAGAUAACUUCCACUGUUACAGCUGGAGUUGCCAGUUCACUAUCUGAAAAAAUAGUAGAUACUAUUGGAAGCAGUAGAUUGAAUGCACCUUUACCAUCAGUUCAAAUUCAUUUCAUUCAGAAUAUGAUACAAGAAACUCUGGAUGACUUCAGGGAAGCCUGCCAUCGUGACAUUGUGAAUUUGCAAGUGGAAAUGAUCAAACAGUUUCAUGUACAGAUGAAUGAAAUGCAGGCCUUACUUGAUAGAUAUUCUGUAAAUGACAGCUUAGUAGCUGAAAUUGAGAGAUUGCGUGAGGAAAACAAACGACUGCAAACUCACUUCUGAGAAGUCCCUGUUCAUGCAAGGAGAAUGGACUGAAGUCUUAUGAUUGUGCUAAGGCAUCACGAUGUCAUCUGGCCAAUACUGAAAUAAUGCGUGAACUCAGUAUUUUUUUUCCAGCACUAAAGAACUUUUUUUUAAUUAUAGAAAAAGCAAUAGAUAACAGAUUAAUACAAAAAUGCACUAAUAAUGUUUGUAUCAAAGUGUUUUUAUGGUAAACUUGAAAUACAUUGGUAGUUACCUGAGGCUAACAGGUGUAUUGAUAACUAGUUCUAGCUGUAUACAAAGUGCCUUUAUAAAAGGGAAACUAAACAGGAAAUGUAUUUUGUAUAAGAAUUUAUCAACCUCCUGUAUCCUGAUAAAUUUAUUAUACACUUCAAUAUUUCAGCAACUUUUUUACAAUGAACACUUUCUAGGACUGUGUGUGUGUGUUUUCUCUCUCUCUUUGAGUAGAAAAAUAUUCAAAUGUCUGGCUCUUGUUUUUUUCUUUUAAUUGUAUAUGCUCUUUUACUGCUGACUUAUUUCCUAUAAACAUUACUUUGUAAGUGUAGGGUGUAACUUUGCUUUUUGUUAAACUGAGUUAUGUAUUAAUCUGUAUACUUACAUAAUUUAAUGAUACACUGAUUAAUUUGCUGAGAUUGAAUAAACAAUUUGUGGACUUCUGAGUAAA